GUUUAUAACCGUCACCACGAGGACAAGAUACCAAUACCCUUUCAAUACUUAUCUCUCCCUGGGUUCCCUUACGAUUGCGACUGACGAAAAACGAUGACUAUUAAAUUUGGAAACAACCGACUAGCCUUUUACCUUGUUGUCUUCGUGUUAUCAGGCACCGUUCUUGGCCUUGCUGCCAACUUUGCCUCCAUCUUCCUACCAAAACUUCAUCAUGACUUCACGAUUUUUGCUCUCAUCGUGCCCGCCCUUACCAUCUUCAUCUUUCUUUUAAGUUUGCAAUGGGCACAACCUCGGACGGAAGCGCUUGUUUACUUUAUUCUGGGGACCAUGUGGCUGGCAAUGGGCGCAUGGUCAACGGAUAUCAUUGGCAACGUACAAUGCGAUGGAUUGGCGGGCCAGCGGACAGCUGCCAAGCAUGGUGAUACCUCUGCACAAGGAUUUUGUUACGAAAUGAAAGUUACACAGGCAUUCUCCUGGGCAUUGUUCGCAAUGUUCGUUAUUGCCUUUUACAUUCUUAUGCAACUUGUCCACCACGCCGAGCGAAUGGGCCGUCAUUUCAUAUGGCAGGAGCCAAUCCGAGAAUUUACCCUUCCAUUAGAGCUACCUUGGUUCGGUGAAAUGCCUGGAUAUUACAAUACCCGUACUGGAGGCACGAUGCAGUACCCUGCAUCCGCAGGUUUUGCUCCUGGUUAUCAAUAUCCCAUGUCGGCGGUGCCUAUGCAAACCCCAGGGCACUCUAUUAUCAUCCAGCCAGGAAUGAAUGGUCAACCGGCGACUGUCACCCAAGUACCCAUGUCCGCCUGA